GUAUCUUUCUAUUCAUAAGCCUGGGAAGAUUGUAGAAGAUCGGAAUCCAGACAUUUACAUAGAAUAUCUAAAUACGCUUAUAUUUCUUAUUGAUGCAGAUGCUAAUGUUGCAGAUAAUAUGGUGCCAUGGUCACAACAAGCUUUUAAGUGGAUUAUUCACGCUACUGUAGGUGAUUUGGGAGGCAGCCCCUCGGUGACAGGCAUUUCGGUGUUUUCGAGAACGAGGCACUGAUCAACUCAUCCUGGCUGGACCUGUCCGGGGAAGAUAUAUUGUGACACACGUACAUAAUCAUGUUGUAACCACCUCAUAUGGUUUUUAUCCUGGUGCAGCUUCCUUUCGCGCUGCGCUAUUUGCCACACUUUACAAAUGACUCCCGAUCAUGAACGUUCUCUGCAUCCGGGCGCAGUUCAAUUUCUUUUUUCGCAGGACAGGAACCUGGUGCAGUCUGUCCAGGAGAAACCAGAAGCAAAUCGUGUGUAAAUUCGCAAUUAAUCGGAGCCGAUCGUCAAUAUUGUGAGCGACAUGCCUGGUAUUCGCGUGCCCGCGAUCGCGCACCUUAAGCCACCUUCAAGAUCAUACCUAUAAAAUACUUUGUUGUUUUUCUCAUACCUGGCCACGUACGAAUGUAUGGAUUGGAGUAUGUUGACCGCCUGUAUGUCGGCUGGCUCGUAGGAAACCAGGUAUGGUGUUGGUGGCUGAGUACCUGAACUCCAACUUGGAUAUCACUUGGCCCGCUGCUGGUUGCUGGUCUCUGCGCGGAGGCUCUUGGCUCUGAUCUCAAGCUGUGACGAUCUUGGCACAGUGUUGCGCCGCGACGAAGAACUUCUUGGCGUAUGUGGUGAAGUGGUGAGGAUCGCUUGGUACCAGUAUAGAGUGAACAGUGUGCAUUCAAAGCAAAGUAACCUCCUGCAGUUGUAGGAAUCGAAUCUUUCAGUGAUUGUGCUCAGUUUUACAUUGAUUGGGACGGCAGCGUGCGCAGAGCGAGGAAAGAGUCUCUCGGAGCCGCGGAGACAUGUGGUUGUGGACCGCCUUAGGAAAAGAGGUCUCAGAAUUUCAAAUUCCAUUUUCAGAUAGUCGUUGAUUUGACCCUUUAUUCGGCGGAAGGUUCUUUCAUUCGUUGAUUAUUCGCGGGUCCAUAGCUAAAUCGAGUGGUCGUGUGCCGCGUUCGUUGGGCACCUUUCGAAUCAGUGGUUCUUCCAGCAUAGUGUUUACCUUAUUUGUGGCUGUGGACUGUUCGCAGGGAGCAUAAGGUGAAACCUCGGACCGAAUCACUUAUAUACCGUCUCAUACUCCCCUAUAAUUUGUGAAAUUGUAUACGAAAUUCCUCAACUUAAUUAGCGGUCAUAAAACGAAAUUUAUAUUCCGACCAUAUUUUAGUGUAACCUACAUGCCGCAUCUUAAAUACUUGUGCGUGGCGACAAACAUCUUUUGCCCUUGCAAGGGCAUCGCCGUACUACCCGUUCGCAUGUGAAGCAAAUAAUAAUAAAAAAAGUCAAAAUAAAAUUAACAAAAAAGAAAUGUUGAAGAGGAAAAAAGCCGUAAAAAGUAAAGAAAAUUGCUGAAAAGUGUGUGGUGUGUAGCAGCAGCAGCAACGGAAGAAAAGCGCGAAACCGCGAGAUCGAGUGCAGGAUGUUUACAGAGUUGUGUGAUUAUUAUCGUUUCGUGCCGCUUAAUACAACGCACAUAUGUCGAAGCAGUACAAGAAGUGAAGUACAAUUUCAACAGAGUUUGGAGGAAUAUCGUUGUUGUCGCUUUUCUUGUGGAUUUUUCUUUGGAAUUUUUGCAUAAGUUGCCGCCGCCGCUGGGCUGACCGCCACCGCGCACUCCCCAUUGUUGGAUGUGUUUAUUAGCGUCUUUUAUUAGUUCUCUUCAAAUUCACAUCCCAUGUUUGAAGGAACAAUCAAAAGUGCGGGGUAAUAGGCUUUCGCGAACAGAAAUGUUACGUGGGCGCAACCUUUGAAAAUGAAAUCGAUUUGAAGAAAAAUUGGCGGCACCAUUUACAAAGUCUCCGUAACCCUUCUAAAAAGCAGUAAUUUAUAACAGAAAUCAACCGAAUAUUUGCCUUACCCGAGUAAUAUUAAAUAAUAACAUUCAAAUGCAAAUCUAAACCUAUUCUAUAAUAGAUCGAAAACAAGAUUUGCUAUGCGGAUGGACUAUCUACCGCGCAAAACCUGAACGAAAAGAAAGAAUUUUGCUUACAAUAGAACUCUAUCGUGGGCAUAAAAUGGCCAACUAUGGAAUUUCACUGGAGAAUCUAAAAUAAUGGGGCAAAAGUAUCAAAGAAAUGAAUCAAUCGAUGGUUGUAGCAAGUGGAAAUACAGGUAGCCCAGUCAUCGAUACUGGGCAACGGACGUCUCCACAAAAGGCAACAUCAGGGCCGAUACCAGUAGCUUCUUCAUUGGCUACAGCAAACAGUAACAAUAUCAGUGGAGGAAACAUUGGAUUAGCAACGAAAUCCAUUAACGCCAUUCCUGCUUAUGUAGGCAGUUCUAAAGUCAAUUCAAGUACAAAUGUUGCAAACGCUAUUGCGGCACCGCUAACCACGCCAUCAUCUGUACCAUCGGCCGCGACAACCCCAGUCCCAUCAGCAACAGGAGUAGCAGCGACAACGGUUGCAUCUUCAGCAUCAAAUGUCGUUGGUCUAAAUCUGAACUACAAGAUCAAGAAUAGCAGCGGUGGAUCGACUAGUAGCGGUGUUAGCAGUAACGGAAGUAACUUCAACACAAACAGUAGCAGUUGCUCAACGAGUGGUAGCACCAGCAGUGGAGGCGGGAAUAUGAUGGCCGGUCGACACAGUUGGGACCCGGGACGCUUGGGUGUGGAACAUCUUGCGGGGGCGCUCAGUCCACUCUGUAUAACUGAUGCAAAUCAUGAAAUUGUACGACCAAAGCCUAGACGACCGUCUGGUAAUCAACGAAACGACAUACCACCGUUCAGUCCUCAACAAAAUGCAUCCAUAGGAAUUAAUUUAGCCAAUACGAAUAUAAGUACCGGUAAUCUAGUAGCACCACCAACCUCUACGAAUAAUCAUGGAAUACCCAGUCCGAAUCCACUCAAUACCUCGGGUCGUAUACAAAGUCCAGCGGUGGCAACACCCGCUCCACGUAUACCAAAAGAAGUUGCUCUACGACCCGAUCAUCGACCCAACACAAAUUUAGCCAAUAAUUUAAGUUUGACGAGUUUACAACAAAGUUCCGAUGAAAUUGAUGGAUACCAUCGAGGAAAAGCAACAGCGAACAAUGCAGUCCUUAUUGCAGAACGGGACACUAAUAGCGUACAUAACAUGAAAACAGGAAAUCUUGGAGGAAUAAACAAAGGAAUACCUCACAGAUCAAUAGCAGGCCCAACUAAGCUUACAGCUCAAAGUACUCCCAUCAAAUCACAACCAGCGAUGUUGAGUUCCAGUUUAACGCAACAGAACAAAAUGUCUUCUGUUACGCAGGAUCGUAACGAGUUGCCACAGGCGUCGCAAAGGCACAACAUGGGUAUUCGUACACAUAAUCAUGAAUUUCGAGCUUUACAACGGGUGCAAGAAUGCCAUAGUUCAUCAGAUGAGAAUAGAUCUUCCGGACAUGCAAGCAUGUCAGAUACAGGAGGACAUGGAAGUAGCUCUCCUGGUGGAGCAUUAGGGCCGCUCCCUGAAGAUCGCUUAGCAGCUGGAGUCACCAACCGAAGCACACGGUCAAGGGGAAGCACAAAUCACUCUCGACCAAGACAUCGCGCUACACCUGCUAAAGUUCCAUGGGGAGGUAGUGGCCUAGAAGAUAUCAAGCUAGCCAUUCAACAACUAACAAUGAGGAGUCAAACAAGCACGAGUACCUAUAGUAGUCUCAGCGCUGGUUCAGAAAGCUCAGAACCUGCAAGACGUCUUGUACGAUACUCUUCCUUGGAAACAGUUAACACUAAUGUAACUAAUGCCGACGAAUUUGUUUGGGUUGAUUCUCAUAAUCGCCUGGUUGAAUUGCAACAUCCGCCUUGGAGCCAGCAUUGUAUUUUGAAAGUUAUUCGAGCUGGGAGAUGUCGCGACCAUGCUGAAAGAGUGUCUAUUGAAGCUGUGCCACGUCUGGGCUAUCUACUGCAAAGAGCUUUAGUUCGAUUGUCAAGGGAAGUCCAACGCUUCUCUGUAGUAUUAGGACUUUGUUCAAAACACGAAGUAGCCGGGGCUUUCAAAGUCGUAUUGUGUCCUGCCUUAGCUGAUUCCUGUAUCAAAGCAUGUCUAAGAGCAGCCGCAAUGUUCGCUGUACCAGGAGAUAGUGCACUAAAACAAAGUAAAUCAUCGCGAGCGGGACUUCAAUUAUCAGUGGGUAGAUUUCAUAGAUGGAUGGCAGAUGCACGGUUAGGCAGGUAUAUCCAUGAGUAUGCCGCAGUUUAUUUAUGUGCUGGAAUGGAGAAUUUACUAGAAGAAAUCCUCCUGCAAUGUCUACCUCCCGACAAUGCAGCAUCGUUAACUGCUACUGGACUAGAACACUCUAUAGCCAGUUCUGGCGACCUAUGGGGUUUACUACAACCUUACGCUCAUCUCAAUGCAGGACGAAUAGCUUCAGGCGCUCUGACCAUGCCUCGCUGGGCCAGCCAAUCAUCUAUCGGGUCAGGCUCGCAGAAUAUUAGUAUGUCUAAUUUGGAGCCAUGUCUGCUUACAACUUGUGUGGGUACUCCGGCGGAGUUGCGAGAUCUUGUAGUUCGCGCUCAACAACGUUUUCAGCAUACAGCUCUAUCACAUGCGGCUCUUACAGCUUUGUUCUACUUUAUGCGUUGCUCGCAACUUGAACACAGUGAAACAGGAAGCACAAGCACCAAUAGUGGGAAUAUUCAAGAGCUUUGCUAUGAAAGGGCAUAUGUAGUGCUACCACCUCUUGUAGAAUGGCUUCGGGUAGCAUCAGCAAAUGCUGAUUAUCGACAUGCCGCGCUCAUUGAUAAAGACGACAUAAUGCAAGCUGCCCGAUUACUCCUUCCAGGAGUUGACUGUCCCGUGCGACCCAUUGCUCAUGACGAAGAACUUCCUUCAAAACGGACACCUAUGAAUCACAACACUACAACGCUUAAUGCUAAUCCUAGUGAUGAUACUUCAGAGCUUGGACGCCGAGCUACCCUUUCUUUAGCAUUUCGUUUGAUGUUAACUGGCAGGGCAGAACUUCUUGCUCAAGCUUCAACACUUUUACCCGCUUCAAGCCGCUAUGACACCGUUAAUCAAGCUGGUAUGACCGCUUUAAUGAUAGCGUGUGUUCGUAACGAUGAGGUCGCCAUUCAGUCACUCCUAGAUGCCGGUUCCGAUCCAAACAUUGAAGUUCCUGCAAUUGGUCACGCUAAUUGCCCAUCAAUUCAUCCCGACACUCAGCACUGGACGGCUGUAACAUUUGCAGCCUGCAAAGGAAACUAUCAAGCUGUUCGACAGCUUUUAGAACGAGGCGCGAACGUUGAAGGAGGAGCAAAAUUAAGUGAGGACAAAUGCACCUUAACGCCGCUGCAGGUUGCAAGUGGAUCUGGUAGCAACGAAGUUGUAUCACUUCUGCUUGCGCACGGGGCCCAUGCUUUUCUGUCUACUCAACAGAAGGACACAAUGUGCUUUGCAGGAACUGCUCAACGAGGCUCUUACAGUGCAAUAUCCGUUGCAGCAGCCCACGGUCAACGAUCUUGUCUGCGCAAGCUUCUAUCGCAUCCUCUAGCUCCUGGUAGCCGAGAGGUACUCUCUUUAGAAGAAAUGCUGGCUGAAGGCGAUAGUAAUCAAAGAAGUGGAAAUGAUCGACAAAACGAAACACCACCUACACUGAGCAAAACACAAAUCAAAUGCUUACAGGAAGCUAUGUAUCACAGUGCAGAGAAUAAUCACUUAGAUAUCACUCUUGAACUGAGAGCGCUCGGUGUUCCAUGGACGCUUCAUUGCUGGAUGCACGCAUUGGCGGCAGCUCACGAGCUACGAUUGGAUGCUGUGAUUGACCAGCUUCUACAAGAUUUCUUACAAGUUUGCCCUGAUGAUUACAGCUCGCAAUUCGUAAGCGAAUGUCUUCCCCUGUUAUUCAACAUAUUCCGCUAUAGUAAAAAUGAAGGAACAACUCUUCUACUCGCUGAUAUUUUCGCGACAUGCUUCGGUUGGGAACAAAUAAGACCCAUUAAAGAGCCAAUUCUACAACCAGUGAAUGGAUCACGUAUCGAUCCGAAGUUUGUGAACAAUCCAGAACUAAGUGAUGUCACCUUUAGAGUUGAAGGAAAGAUUUUCUAUGGCCACAAAAUAGUUUUGGUUACCGCUUCGCCACGCUUCCAAAGCAUGCUGAGUUCUAAACUAAGCGAAGGGAAUAAUCCCACUGUUCAAAUCAACGACAUCCGCUACCAUAUAUUCCAACUGGUCAUGCAAUAUUUGUAUAGUGGCGGUUGCAAUACUCUUGAAGUCUCGCAGGGAGAUUGUCUGGAGCUGAUGGCGGCUGCAAGCUUCUUCCAACUAGAAGGUCUUUUGCGUUUCACAGAAGCACGGUGUUCGGAAAUGAUCGAUAUCGAUAACGUCGUCGCAAUGUACAUCCAUGCAAAGGUCUACAACGCUCCGAAAUUAUUGGAAUAUUGUCAAGGAUUCCUUUUGCAAAACAUGGUUGCUUUGCUCACAUACGAUGAUUCCGUCAAGCGUCUACUUUUCGCUAAAAAGAUUCCUAAUCAUGAUGUCCUGAGUGGACUACUACUUACGCUCCAAGCUCGCAUCAAAAUGCGUAAAACGAACCCCUCCAAUAGCUUGAGACCGGGUAACAUCCCAACAUCACCCAUUUCAGUUACAACAAACACAGUUGCAUCAUCAACUACUAAAAAAUAAUUAUCGUUGUAUUUAAGGGCACAAAUGGAGCAGACUUCCAUAGUAUCAACAUUUAAAGCAUGUAAACAUUUUGUCUUUAUUGUUAUUUAAAGGAUACGCAUAUAGUUCUUUUUUUAUAUUUAAGGUUUAUUUAAACAAAAACGUUAUGUUUAAUGUAUGUUUUAUAGCUAAACUUGAAAUAAAAUAAAAU